AUGGAUUCUGCGAGGAGUUGGCUUCAGAAGUUGCAGCCUCGUGAUAAAACAAAGGUGAAGAAGAGGGAUGUAGAUGGUAAUAAUGAUGGAAAUGGAGAUUUGACUUCGCCUGUGGAUGAAGCAGCUCUUUCUGAUGUCACCAAACAGAAGGUUGCAGCGGCAAAGCAAUAUAUUGAAAAUCAUUACAAGGAGCAAAUGAAGAACCUUCAGGAGAGGAAGGAGCGUCGGACCGUCUUGGAAAAGAAGUUGGCUGAUGCCGAUGUGUCUGAGGAGGAUCAAAACAACUUAAUUAAAUUUUUAGAGAAAAAGGAAACCGAAUAUAUGCGCCUUCAGAGGGCCAAGAUGGGCGUUGAUGAUUUUGAGUUAUUGACUAUGAUCGGAAAAGGUGCAUUUGGAGAGGUUAGAGUCUGCAGAGAGAAGACUACUGAUCAUGUAUUCGCAAUGAAAAAGCUAAAGAAAUCAGAGAUGCUUCGCAGAGGCCAGGUUGAACAUGUCAAAGCAGAAAGGAAUGUACUCGCAGAGGUCGACAGCAAUUGCAUUGUCAAACUUUAUUGUUCUUUCCAGGAUGAUGAGUAUCUUUAUCUUAUUAUGGAGUAUCUACCGGGUGGAGACAUGAUGACUCUUCUUAUGAGAAAGGAUACAUUGACUGAAGACGAAGCCAGAUUUUAUGUUGGAGAAACUGUUCUGGCUAUUGAAUCUAUACACAAGCACAAUUAUAUACAUAGGGAUAUCAAGCCUGACAACUUAUUGCUUGAUAGAUAUGGGCACUUGAGACUGUCUGACUUUGGACUUUGUAAACCAUUAGAUUGUAGUACGCUUGAAGAAAAGGAUUUUUCUAUGGGUCAGAAUGGGAAUGGGUCUACACAGAAUGAGGAGCGCUCUGCUCCAAAACGCACACAACAAGAACAACUUCAAAACUGGCAAAAAAACAGGAGGACACUUGCUUAUUCUACUGUUGGUACACCGGAUUAUAUUGCUCCAGAAGUUCUUUUGAAGAAAGGGUAUGCGAUGGAAUGUGAUUGGUGGUCACUUGGCGCUAUCAUGUAUGAAAUGUUGGUGGGAUAUCCUCCUUUUUAUUCUGAUGAUCCAAUGACAACAUGUAGGAAGAUAGUGAACUGGAAAUCUCACUUGAAAUUUCCUGAGGAAGCUAAUCUAUCGCCAGAGGCUAAAGAUCUUAUUAGUAGACUUUUAUGUAAUGUCAACCAGAGGCUGGGAUCAAAAGGUGCAGAUGAAAUAAAGGCUCAUCGGUUCUUCAAAGGUGUUGAAUGGGAUACACUAUAUCAAAUUGAAGCUGCAUUUAUACCCGAGGUCAAUGAUGAAUUAGAUACUCAGAAUUUUGAAAAGUUUGAUGAGUCUGACAGCCAAGUCCGACCGUCCUCAAAAACUGGUCCAUGGAGGAAGAUGCUUUCAUCUAAGGACUUAAAUUUUGUUGGAUACACAUACAAGAACUUUGAAAUUGUAAACGAUUAUCAAGUUCCUGGGAUGGCUGAACUGAAGAAGAAACCCUCCAAAUCAAAGAGGCCAUCUAUUAAGUCGCUAUUUGAUUCCGAUUCAGAGACGACUGAGGUUUCUGAUAAGUCUCAAAGUGAUCGGCCUGCUCAAGGAAGCUUUUUAAACCUCUUGCCACCUAGGUUAGGGGCAUCUCAUAGUGAGAGGAAUCUUUCUCAUAAAUCCUAA